CAACGGCUGAAAAAUCCUCCGAAAUCGUAGCUAUUCGGGAAAAUAAAAACUGCACAUCAACGGCCGUGAAAGACUGGACCCCGCUACACGGUUAUAGAUCGAUAAAAGGUCGGUACUAUUCGUGGGCUCGAUAAUUGAACGGAGAAGUUCGUUAUACGUCCUCGUCGUUCAGUAAUGGCGACAAAGGAGGAAUCAAAUAUGGCGGAAGCUAACGGUGAAACUUCGAUGGAGGUGGUAGAAGGUUGCAGAAUGCCAGUAAAAAUGAGUGGUUCCGACGAAUGGCCAUUGGCUGAAAUACUGAGCAAGAGAGAACUUUCAAAUGGUCUGACCCAUUAUUACGUGCAUUAUAUCGACUUCAACAAGCGGCUUGAUGAAUGGGUUGAAGAAGAGAGACUGGACUUGACCAAACUGCAGAUGCCUAAAAAGGAAGAUACUAAAAAGAUCAGUAAGGGUAAAGGUACUGCUGGUUCCAGGCCCUGCUCGCCUGACAGGGAACUUGUGAAUGGUGUCGGAGGAGGACGACCUAAAGCUCCGGUAGGCAGGAAGAGGAAAGCCAAUGCCAUGGACAAGUCUGGUGAUGAGAUUGAUUCCCAAGACAGCCCGAAGGACUUGCCCAGCACUCCACCAAAAACAGGGAGCAUGAGACAGACAGGCAGUAUGGUUCAAGAUCGUAGUCAUGACGACAUCAUAACACGAAUGAAAAACAUCAAAAUGGUCCAACUGGGGAAAUUUAGAAUCAAACCCUGGUACUUCUCACCUUACCCACAAGAACUCACUCUGGAGCCUGUGGUGUUCCUGUGUGAAUUUUGUCUAAAGUACGUAAAGAGUUUCCACUGCCUCAAAAGACACAAGGAAAAAUGCAAGUUACGUCAUCCCCCUGGCAAUGAAAUUUACAGGAAAGGAACAAUAUCUUUCUUUGAAAUUGAUGGCAGAAAAAACAAGGCAUACGCUCAAAAUCUGUGCCUCUUGGCUAAAAUGUUUCUAGAUCACAAGACUUUAUACUACGACACAGACCCUUUUCUGUUUUACGUCAUGACUGAAUAUGACUCAAUUGGAUUUCACAUUGUAGGAUACUUCUCUAAGGAAAAAGAAUCAUCAGAAGAUUACAAUGUAGCCUGCAUUCUAACUCUACCACAGUAUCAGAGAAUGGGUUAUGGCAAGCUUCUGAUAGAAUUUAGUUAUGAGCUUUCAAAGUUUGAAGGUAAAACAGGGACCCCAGAAAAGCCUCUCUCAGAUUUAGGACUGCUUUCUUACCGCAGCUACUGGUCACAGACCAUUCUUGAAAUUCUUGUUUCUCUCAAGGCUGGGGAGGAUGGAAAUCCUCCAGCAAUAACUAUCAAUGAUAUUUGUGAGAUGACCAGCAUAAGAAAGGAAGAUGUUGUUUCAACCUUGCAACAUCUUGGAAUCAUCCACUACUACAAAGGACAAUACAUUCUGAAUCUGUCAAAAGAAAUUCUUGAUGGGCACAGAAGAGCCAUGACAAAAAGAAAGAUUAGGAUUGACUCAACCUGUCUACACUGGACUCCUAAAGACUGGGCUAAGAGAGGAAAAUGGUGACAACCAGGGUGGAAACUGAAGGAAUUAAUCAAUUCUACUUCUAGUAAUUAAUAUUUCUAGCGGAUAAAAAUUAAUGUGUAGAGCAGCAUGUAUUGUUUUGAAUUUUGAAAAUUAAUUUAAUAAUUCAGUCAUUCUAAUCAAUAGUAGCCUUUAUUCCAGAGUCAAAGUUAAUUUUGAGGUCAAUAGGUGAACUUUCAAAAAACUAUGUUGGUCUUUACUGUGGCCAUUUAUGACUUCUGACAUGGGCUACAGUAGUAAUGGAGAAAUGUUAUGUUUGAAGAACAUAAGACUAAUCUUGACUUGUAAGGAUUCACUUUCUACUAGAGGCUACAGUUGAACAAAGGAGUUAUUCAGCCAGACUUUCAAAAUUUAAAACAAAGAUAUUGAACGUUUUCUCAUCUUUUGGUGAAAUGCUGCUGCAAUUCCUGUAGAAAAGGCUGCAGAACACAAAGGUGCACCUUAAGGGAUCUGUGAAGAGGGUGGGGGUAGGGGGGUGUGACCAAAAAGCCUGAGUUUUGUCACAUACGAUUGUUUCAAACAAAAUGUCAUUUCCUGCAGCAACCUUGCACUUGUUCUUCACCCUCAUUCCAGGUUUCUUACGGUCAGCCCUUCAUGCAAGGUUAUUAAGUUAGCCAAGAUAAUUAUUUAUUUGUAUAAUUAUUAUGGUCACAAUUGUAAAUAGUGUACUAAUCUUCUGUAGGUAUUGACUGCUUUAUGCGAAGCAGCAUGAAAUUAGAAUUAGUAUGGAAAAGCCAUGCCAGUCAUUCAGAAACUUGAAGUUGUUACAACAUUUGAUUUUUAUUGGCUUAAAAUUAAGUCUAGACUUAAUAAUAAAAAACAUUUUGAACGAUCAAGACUUAUCAAUCCUAUCAUGAUCAAUCAUAUCUUCAUAACUUAUCAGAGUGUUAAUAAACCGAAAUAAGAUGGAGUUAGGUCGAGUUUUGGGCCAUGGGUGGAGAAGGGAGGUAGAUGACCAGGUCUUUUGAGUUGUACAUAAGCCAUGCCUUACAAGUUGGUGUGGUAAAAAAAAACAUCAAUUUAAUUGUUACAACUGUAGUAAAAGUUAUAACUGAUAUCCAAGUCAUAAAGCAACGUUGUAAAUAUGUUAUGGUAGCAAUGAAUGUGCAAGAUUCAUUUAGUUUUACUUCAACAAAGGCUCUGUUGCACUAAUUAUUUAUUCUUUUUUCAUGUUAGAAAACAUUAACUUAAGGUAGAAAGAGGUGCAAUUGAAUAAUUUACUAGCAAGUUCUACCAAGUGGUAUUAGAACAAUUAUAUAAUUUGGGUGCAUCUGUUAACUGCCAAAUAAUUUAAAAAUUAGUGCAUACUAUUGAUCCCAGACGUCAGUUGAAAUGGUCCUUUUCAGGCCAUUUCAUGCACCAUUGGUUUCACAUACCUGAAAAAAAAGUAAUCAUGUGAUGACGAAUUUCACGAUCGUGUGAUGAGUGAAUCUCUGCCAUCGUAAAGUUGCUUCACAGUUUGUUUCCAAGUUUGUUGAGUUUCAUACUUUCUAGCAAGAUACAAUCCAACAUACAUUACAGAGAAGAGUGUGACAGAUGCAAAAUCCAUCGCAUGGAUAACUUGGUACUUUUGAGGAAUUUGCAGCGAUUGUGCUUCAAACUGUGGCCAUAAGUGCCAAGAUAUGUUUUUCAUCUCGUGAUCACUUUUUGAAUCAUGUGAAUGAAACCAACAGGAUGUGAAACGGCCUGAAAAAAAAAAAAAGAAAACAUUUCAACAGAUGUCUGGGAACAAUAGUAAUAUUAUUGCCUAGAAUUUUGGUCUGGUACAGUUUGUACAGAGGGCUACCAGCAUACCCUUUGCACACAUUGUGCCUAAACAUGCAUCAAUCACAGACCUUAUUUGCAUGGUAAUUAACUGAAAGAUCUGACAAGGAUAUUAUUCCAUACCUGGUAACCACAAUGUAGACUGUUAGUAGUUAUUUGAGCUUAUGAAUGCAUGUAUUACCAGGUUUACCCUGGGUGCCAGAGGUUUUUUUUUUUGUAGCGAAGCUGUGAUUGUGAGCGGCGAACCCUCUGGCACACAGGAUAUACCAGGUUAAGACAUCUUAAGAAUGUAAAUUACUUUGUAUUGCACAAGAAUGAGGGCAUAAAACAGUUUUAUUAACAAAUAAAUCUUAAUCAAAAUACUGUCAGCUGUAAAAAUGCUAUUGAGAGAUUUAUUUUAAAUGAUCCAUGCUCCAUGUACCAAUAUUGCAAUAUUGUUGUAAACAGCAUUAUGUUGAAAUAAAUAUUGUGAAAUAUUUUUGGUCA